AUGCAUCUUCCUUUCCCAGCCCUCGCCGUCCUAAACAAGGGCGAGCUUGGGGCUAGAGUACCGAUACCGGUAUGGUACCCCUACGGCGGAUGUUUCAAGUUUCAAAACAGGCUUUGCAUGAACUUGCAAUCCCCCGUGUUUCAGGCACCCUAG